AUGGAAAAGUCUGCAAGCGAUGCCCUUCAACCGCCUGGGAGUGACCAAAGGCAAGAAAGAACUCAUUUUCCUUUGUAUUACGAUGUGUUACUUCGCUCUCUCGAGUUCUUCCGCGGCGACUAUGGGGCCCUGUACCGAUUCUCUCUGGUCAAUAAGGAUUUCAAUCGGGCAGCCUCAACGUUGCUGUACUCUAGGGUGGUUCUGUCACCGCCACCCUCGCAUGCGUUGCAGAUUAACCUGAAGGACGCCGGGGCCAUCACGAGUCCAUCUAACUUACCCUCGGCGUUGUUGCCAAAGUACAAGGCUAUAGUUGUCGAAUUGGAAAUCAGUGGCUAUCUCUCACCCCGCCCCCCACCACGGAAUACACUUCACGCUACGAUAUCCAAUGCAGUUUCCCAAUUUGCAAACCUGAGCUCAAUCAAGUUUACUCCCAACGCCUAUCAUGGGAACGUCUUUGUUGAUUCUUUAAACCAGCUCCCGGAACUGUCCUGUCUCCAGAGUCUCGACAUUAAUUCGUCGUGCAUGGACGAGGAUUAUAAAGUUCGGCAUCUGAUCAAAAUCAAGGGCCUGAGGAAGCUCACGCUACGCAGUCCUGGACGCGCCAUUCUGCAAGUUCUCCCGGAUUGGUUAGGGAAGAUGCAAAGAACCUUGAUGGAACUUCAUUUGUUGGACAACUGCGGAUCUGUCACUCCCGGUGUCUUGAAAGCCUUCUUGCCACAUGCCUGCGAACGGCUAAAGGCGUUUAGCUUGGGCCUUUCGUACUCCCUGACAGAUACCGACGUCUUCGUGUUUGUUGAUCAGCUCUCAUCUCUCGAGCGUUUGCAAUUGCGACACUACUAUCAAAUCAGGCCACCGAGUCACAGACCGAGGCUCAGGAAACUGAAGGAGUUCACCGCGGUGCAGACUCCGGAGUUUACUGCAGCCUAUGCUGCAAGCGUGGGCUCGUGGAUACGUCAAAUUGUAUCGGCCUCUCCAUUGCAGACGCUGAGGAUCAUUACAGAAGGGGUCGAUGAAGACCAGGAAGAGAGAAGGGUCUGCCCUUCAUAUGAAGGCCUGCUCAAUCAUCUGACCAAGAAACACCUAUGGACUCUCCGACAUCUUUUCAUGAAAGAUUGUCUGGUGACUCUAAAACAACUCCCCGUCGUCUUCGAGAAUUGCAUCUCUCUAGAGUCUAUACACGUCUCAGUGGAUAAACGCGCGCCGACACUCCUAGCAGAGAAAAUCCCAAUCCCAUCGUCUUUGAAUUCCAUGUCUCUCGAGGUGCGCAAUACAAGGGACGGAGAACCGCCGAUCACAGAGCAGGAAGUGAAUUUGAUAAUGAAGAGAGGUGAUAUGCUUAGACAUCUCAGCGUAAACGGGACAUACUGGGAGGUGAGCGGCGUGGUGACCGACUUGACUUCGUUUGCCACUUACUACCUCAACUACAGGCUCAUUUCCAGCUUUCUCGUUCCUCAGAAGAUGAGUGUAGCUUGGUUGUAG